GUUUGGCCCGGAGGUGAUUUGUUCGCUGACCCCGUACUAUGCAGCUCGACUGCAGAAGUUGUUUUUAUUUAUAGCUUGGAUGGUUUAACUUCGAAAUGGCGUGGAAGAAACAAGGUUUGUUUAGCCUGACUUUUGACCGAAUAAACUCACAUAGUAAGCUUUGAGACUUAGCUUAGCUCACCCCUGAAUGAAGAGUUGUGCUUCACCUGCGUGUUAUUGUGUCUCUGUGGACCAUAUUUACUCUUCUGAAAUGUCCCUCUCAGGCUUUUCUCUUCCUCCUGUCUCUUUGAACCUCCUUGUCCCUCCGGUGAGGCUCAUAUCUGCGUUUAUGUGGAGAGUGAUCCAACAGCUGAAUGUGCUGCAGUAUGAGAAGCUGGUGGACUUCGUUACCUUGGCAACAGAAAUGGUCCCAGAGCUGCUGAGUCCAAGUCAGAGAGCCCAGCUCAUCCUGGGCCUCAGAGCACGGGUUAGGAUAGUUUUAUAAUAUGUAUUUCUCGUGCAUGAGACAGCAGUGACUUACCUCAGAUAUCUAUGGUGGUCUUUUGAGUGACCUCGCGUUUGUGCCUGUUGCAGCUGGUUCUGGAGCUGUGUCGUGGGGAUGGCAUCGCCAACCUGCAGGCCAUCCAGAGCCACCUGGACAAAAUCCACGCCUGUGGCUCUGAGCUGAGCUCCUCUGGUGAGAUGGUGGGUUGUAAAGGACUUUUAGAUCUACUUUCUUUGAAAAACACAGACAACACUUGCUGGCUCAGUCCUAAAUGUUUACUUCAAAAUUUAAGAUGCAAAGUAGUCAACUCAUAUUUGUUCAAUGUCACUCCUCGCCAGGCUUGUGGUGAUAUACUGAAGACUUCAUACACCAACUUUGCUGGGCUGGUGCAAAACCUUUUGAAUAUUCCACAUGAAAAGGAUUAUUUCUUCAGAGUAAGUACAUUUGCAUUGAAGAGAUGCAUGCAAACAUGAGAUUACAUUUUUUUAAGGAUAUUGAUGAGCUACUUUCAAGUCACAGGGGUUUGAUAUUUUCAAACUCUUUUUCUCUAGGAAGUUUUUCCUGCGAGCUACGGCUCCAACUUUGACCAAAGACUGCAGCAGUUGGUGUCGGAGUUCUUGUCCAGGCUGGAGCUGCUGCUGCCUAUACCCGACCUGCAGCAGGUACUUUAUGAUGGAACUAUAAAUGCAGUCAGAUGGCUUUGACAUGAUUCCUCCUCUUAAAGAUAACCUGUGUCUCGAUAAUUGCUUUCUAUUCGUCUCAGACAGCAGCAUGGCUCAGUUCAACAGACUGUGUGGCAGAAGAAUUUGGACUUCAUCUGUCGGAGCCGUCUGCCAUUAAGACUCUGCUGUUUCAUCACAGACAGUUAGGAACGCUCAGCUCUGGUAAGGGAAACACAAGACACUGAAAGGAGCAACUUUGUACUUAGACCUGGUUUUGUAAUGAUUUGUAAUUUGUUCUCAUUAAAAAUCGUGUGUUCCUCUGUCACAGCUCCAUCCAGCGCUGAGGAGGACAAUCUCCUGUCCACUCUGGCCCUCCCUGUGCAGACUUCAGUGGAGAGGUUGAUUCCGUCUUACAGUGAGGAUGAUGAUUAUGAUGAUGAGGAACAGACACUGGCUCUGGGCGAUCUAGAAGAGGAUUCCAAUCAAGAUGUUGCAGAUGAUUGGUUACCCAAAAGGGAAUCAGGUGUGACAACAGCUGUCUUAAAAAACAUAAUAAACGCAUAAUCUGCUCUUCUUUCUGCUAACUGACUGGUUUAAUGCUGUUUUCAGGCCGUCCAGCUCGUUUAUUCAUCUGCUCCAAGUGUUCGUUCACUCACCGCACAAGGAGAAAAGUCCAGCAGCACAUCCAGAGUGAGCACCAUCAAACGGCUCCUGUUCUGAAAAGACUCUCUGUGAAAGACAGAGCGAGGAAUCAGCAGAAAAGCAAAGACUCCAGCUCUGAGAAGAAGAAGGUAGGAGGUGACUUAGAGAAAAAAAAGAAGCAGAAAGAUGGUGUUGAAAGAAAGCGGGAACGGAAGAAAAAGAAGGACAACUUGGAAAACAAGAAACAGCGCAGAUGCAAAGAGCCCACAGGAGAGGAUCGAAGGUUUCUGAGCAGUCGAGUAGUGGAUAAAAACUUCCCAGAGGAAGAAACUAAAUGCCCUAAGUGUGAAAAGGUUUUUGAACUUCCGAAUCAACUCAAGACUCACAUGAAGCUCCACAGCUUAAAGCACUACUGCGGCCAAUGUGAGAGGGGAUUCACAAGUACAUCAGGUUACUAUCAGCACCAGAGACUUCACAAGAGAGGGCGGUUAUUUAACUGCAGCCAGUGCAACAAGGGAUUCCUGUGCAAAAACUCGCUCCAGCAGCACGAACGUCUACACGAAGGACCGUGCAGCCUGUGCGGGAUCUGUGGGAAAGGCCUCAGCAAAUCAGGACUUAAGAGACACAUGCAGGUGCACAAAGGGGAGAAGACUCAUUUGUGCACCACAUGCGGGAAGUCGUUUUUUUCCUCUGGGGAGCUGCUGUUGCACACUCGCUCUCACACAGGCGAGUUACCGUACACCUGCACACACUGCGGGAAAGGCUUCUCAACGAAGAGUCACCUGAUCAUUCACAACCGCUCUCACACAGGGGAGAGGCCGUACCUGUGCGCAGAGUGCCCUAAGCGUUUCCUCACUCUGAACUGCCUGAAGAGACACAUGCUCAGCCACAACGGGAUCAAACCGUUUAAAUGUCCCCACUGUGAGAGAGAAUUCUCCCAGCAGGGGAAUCUGAAAAGACACAUGGCAACUCAUAAACCUGACAUGUAACGUGAAGCUUUUGUUGUUUGAUCAUUGCUCAAGCUCCUCUUACAAAGCCUUUUAAAAUCAAAAAUGUGUUGGCAGAUUAAAAGUGUGUUGCUGAACAAGAAGGCAACAAUAAGUUUAUCAAGUUCAUUCUGUCUUUUUAAAUAGAAUUAGUUUUCUUACGUUCUUUCGUAUCAGACAGUGCUGUUUUCUUUUCUUACCUUACCUACAAAAGAAUGAAAGAAAACUAAGGAGGCAACAAAAUCUUAAGUAAUGCAAGAUAAACAGCAGUCCUAAAAACAAAAUGCAGCAUUUAAAGGUUCAGUUUUCAGCCAUUAAAUUAAGGGGAAUCUUAAGGGCCUGUGUCCAGUAACACCCACUUUUUUUUUCAGAAACAUUACAGGUCAGUGUUCACAGCACUCAGAAUCCAGAAUACCUGAGCUUCAGUUGUCUUUUGUGGCUGCACUCUUAGCAAAAAUUUGUUCAGCUUUGGAACACAACAGCAACUCCAACUGACCAAUCAAAUAAAGGGGCGGGACUUUGGAAGUUAACUUGUUUAACCACACUGGUGAAAGAGAAACUAACCACGCUCCUUUUUCGUGGGCGUAAUUUCCUGGUUUUACUGUUUUAUGUCAGGACAAUUCUUCUACCUCGUUUUUACAUUUUUCGUGUGAGAAUUUCCUUAAAUAAAAGCAAAUAUGAAGCAGGAUUGGAGAAACUGGGGUAGUGGACAUAGGCCCUUACAAAAUAAGACACACAGUCUAAUAAAUGGUCAUUAUGUUUAAGGGGCAGUAGCCUCCGUGAAUAGUGUGACUGGUGUAGCAAAUCACAAAAUAUUUUCAGACACUCAGUUAUUAGAUAGACCAGUAUUUGAACAGUCAUUCACAAAAAAUGUAAAAGUGGUAACUUGAUAUUCAGUCCACAGAGAUGAAAUGUUCUGUAAGAAGCAGUCAUGGAAUAAAGUGUGAAAAAGCAGUAAAAACA